AUGCAAGGAAUACCUUCUUCCUUGCAACUGCUAUUCGGCAGUAAAGUCACUGCUAGUUGGCUAGCUGGAAGGGCUGGAGUCGCCAACAACAGAGUUGACUGGCAGCAAGGGAUGGCCAGUAGCUAUGCUAGACAACGGUGGAAGGAGGACCUUCUUCCUUGUGCUUGGAGAAUUGUUAUGGAUAAGAGUUGGAUGGUUUUACCGAGACAAACUGAGGAGUAUAGAAAUGGAGUUGAGUGUUUCUUACAAUUUACAUUUUCUAAUGCUAACAUAAAUGGAAUGAUUUUAUGCCCUUGUGUGCGGUGUAAGAUUAGUAUAUUUGUUUCAAGAGAGGUUGCUUAUGAUCAUUUGACAGUUGAUGGAUUUAUCAAAGGAUAUACUCACUGGGUAGCUCAUGGAGAAAUAGCAUAUAGUGCAUCUACAAACUCUGAUUUUGUCCAAUCUCGAAAGGAUGUAGAUGAUAUGCAAGGAUUAGUUUACGAGGCAUUUGGGAUUCCAGAGCAUAAUGAUAGUAUUAUCAGCACAUCAGCAUUUGAAUAUGAUAAGGAGAUUCCAACUAGAGAAGCAGAGAAAUUCUAUAAAUUAAUUGAUGAUUCACAAAAAGAAUUAUAUCCAGGUUGUAAGAAAUUCUCAAAACUUGCAUUUAUUAUUCGUUUGCUUCACUUGAAGUGCCUAGGGAAAAUGACCAACAAGAUUUUUGAUAUGCUUUUAAAUUUAUUGAGAGAAGCAUUUCCAAAUGCAAUGGAUGAUUUGCAUAAGUCGUACUAUGAAGCAGAAAAAUUGAUGAAGCAAUUAGGACUUGGUUACGAAAAGUUUGAUGCUUGUCCUAAUGAUUGCACUUUGUUUUGGAGGUUGGAUAAAGAUAGAAUUCAAUGCAAAAUAUGUAGUGAGCUUAGAUGGGAAACAUCUGAAAAUGAUCCUACUGGUGAGAAGAGAAAAAUCGCACGUAAGGAUGGUUACAUGCGGCAUCCGGCAGACUCUCCAUCUUGGCAAACAUUUGACCAUAAGCACCCAGAAUUUGCAAAGGAUCCUAGGAACAUAAGGCUUGGUUUAGCAUCAGAUGGAUUUAAUCCAUUCAAAAAUAUGAGUGUGACACAUAGUACGUGGCCAGUUAUUUUAAUGCCAUAUAAUCUUCCACCAUGGAUGUGUAUGAAGCAACCAUAUUUUAUGUUGUCACUAUUGAUACCUGGUCCAUCUGCUCCAGGGAAUAACAUCGACAUCUACUUGCAACCUCUUAUUGCAGAUUUGAAGGAUUUAUGGGAGAUAGGAGUUCAAACAUAUGAUGCAUCAACUAAACAGAAUUUUCAAUUGCAUGCUGCAUUACUAUGGACAAUAAGUGAUUUCCCUGGAUAUGCAAACUUAUCCGGAUGGAGUACUAAAGGAAAACUUGCAUGCCCAGUGUGUCAUCAAUUUACACAUUCACAGUGGUUAAAACAUGGUGGAAAAUUUUGUUAUAUGGGUCAUCGGAGGUUUUUAAAUAGUGAUCAUGUAUUUCGAAAAAAUGCUCAAUUUUUUGAUGGCACAGAAGAGCAUGGAAGACCACCGCCUAUACUAUCAGGAGACAUGGUGAUAAAUGAGUUGAAAUAUUUGAAAUUUACUUUUGGAAAAACAGUUAAUGAUAAUUCAGCUCUACCAUUCAAUUGGAAAAAAUUGAGUAUAUUUUUUGAUUUACCAUAUUGGAAAGAUAACAUAAUACGUCACAAUCUUGACCUUAUGCAUAUUGAAAAGAAUGUAUGUGAAUCUAUUUGUGGGACAUUGCUGAAUAUAGAAGGAAAAUCGAAAGAUAAUCUCAAAUCACGACUUGAUUUGCAAGAAAUGGGGAUAAGAUCAUCACUUCAUCCUAUUGAGAAAGGAUCAAAUAAAGUGUAUUUACCUCCCGCAUCUUUUUCAAUGGGGAAAAAAGAGAAGGAUAUAUUUUGCAAGGUCUUAAAAAAAAUCAAAGUUCCAGAUGGCUAUGCAUCCAAUAUAUCACGAUGUGUUCAAAUGAAACCGGCAAAAUUAAGUGGUCUAAAAAGUCAUGACAAUCACAUCUUGAUGCAGCAAUUAUUGCCAGUAGCACUACGCAAAACUUUAUCUAGAUCUGUUCGGAUUCCUUUGAUUAGAUUAAGCAGAUAUUUUCAAGAGUUAUGUUCUAAAGUAAUUUCUCCUACAGAUUUGGUUCGUUUAAAGAGAGAUAUUGCAGUGAUCCUAUGUGAAUUGGAAAAGAUUUUUCCUCCAUCAUUUUUUGACAUAAUGGUUCAUCUAACUAUUCAUUUGGCAAUUGAAGUACAGCUUGCUGGCCCAGUUCACUAUCGUUGGAUGUAUCCAAUUGAAAGGUACUUGGGAACAUUAAAGUCUUAUGUUAGAAAUAGAAGUAGACCAGAAGGAUCUAUUGCUGAAGGGUAUUUAGCUGAGGAAUGUUUGACAUUCUGCUCUUUAUAUUUAGCAGAUUAUGUAGAGACAAGAUUUAAUCAAUCAUCAAGAAAUGAUGAUAUAAAUAUUGACUCUACAUUUGCAUUAGAUGUGUUCAACUACUCAGGUCAUGCACUUGAAAAGGCCAUUGCAACUAAGUUUGACAUUGAGAUAUUAAAGAAGGCACAUCAAUAUGUAUUAUUCAAUUGUCAUCACGUCCAAUCUUUUAUAGAUGAACAUCGAAGAAUUCUGAAUCAAAGUCAUUCUCAUAUUCCACCACACCAAAUUGAGCGUUUACAUAGUGAAACAUUUUCCUCCUGGUUUGCCAGUCAUAUUGAAGAUACAACUCUUCCAGCAGAUGAUCCAGUGUCAAGUGAUUUGAGAUUAAUUGCCAGAGGCCCGGAUGCCAUUGGCAUACGAUAUGAAAAAUUUAUUUCAAAUGGAUUUAGGUUUCAUACAAAGGAAGUGGAACGUAAGAGAAAGACUCAAAAUUGUGGUGUAACUGUUAGGGCAACUACUUCAAGUUAUUCAAGUAUAAGAGAUCAUAAUCCAGUAUUAAGUGAACUUGAUUACUAUGGGAUUUUACAAAAUGUGAUUGAGUUAAACUAUGGAGGAGGUCGAAAAGUUGUGUUAUUUGAGUGUGAGUGGGUCUCCAAAGGCAAACGACUAAAAUUGGAUGAGGAUGGUUUUGUGUUAGCAAAUUUUAAAAAUGUUAGGCGUCAUAACGAGCCUUAUAUUUUAGCAUCUCAGGCUAUGCAAGUAUUUUAUGUGGAAGAUCCAAUUGAUUAUAAUUGGCAUGUCAUUAUCACCACUGAUGCACGAGCAAAGCAUAAAAUGCAGCCUAUGGCAGAUGUUGAUACAUAUCUUCAAAGUAAUAUUUGUAAUUAUGGAGACUACAAUGAACAUGAAGAAGUGGUUUGGAUUCGAGAUGAUGUUGCAGGAGUGGAAAUUGAUACCGAUUUGUGA